AUGCUGCAAACCGUGCAGCAAUCGUGGCCGCGACGCGGCCGAGACUUUGUUCUCCCUGAAGUUCCCAUUCUCGAGUCGCCGGAGUGGAGUGACGAGGAUGACGACAUCAACCGGACGCGAACGCCGCUGAGCGUAGAGACGGAAGCCCGUGCGCCUGCUGCGCGCAUCGCUGACAGCCGCCCCAUGCUCAGUCCGGCGAUGCGCUUGCCUCCGAUGGUUCGUGGCGCGUCGCCGCCCUUUGCGCAUCAGAUGGCGCCACCGUCGGCUGGAUUCAACCACCCCUGCAGUUACGAAGCCGCGCGGGUCAGCGACAGCCGCAGCGCGAAUGAAGGCAAUCACCGUUUUUGUGCUAGUCGGAAAGCGAACGGCGGUGGUGACACGGGUGUCAGCGCCACCCCGUGCAGCGGCGACGCGGCUAGGAAGCAGCACUCGAUUCUCAACGUUGGUCCGCGCGAAUGCUGGCCGGUCGACGGUCACAACGGGGACGACAGUGACUCGCCUCCUCAGAUGAGCAUCGGGCCGUUUGUUUCGGUGCGGGGGCCCAGCUGUUUCCCGUUCGAGGCCGGCAGCUUGUUUGUGUCGUCCACGCAUCACCUCGGCGACGACGACGACGAAUCAAGCAGCGCGGCAACGGGCAGCAGCAACAGCAGCAGCGACACUGACCGCACCAGGACGAGCAGUGACUCCACCGACAGCAGCUCGAACUACCAGCAGCAGAGGGCGUCGAUGAGCCCGUUCUCCCACGGCUCCACACAGGUAGGGGGGCUGCUGGGCGGCGGCGGGUGCCCGCAGCAGCCGUCGGCCCCCUCCUACGGUAUCGAGGUCGGCCCGUCCAUCUUUGUCAGACUGCCGCAGCAGAACCCCUCGCUACUCGACACCCCUGUCGCCGGGCGGACCGGGCUGAUUACGGCUGCCGAGGCAGCUCCAUCAAUCUUUCGCACCUUCUUCCACGAGGAUGACGGUUCGUACGACAUGACCGGUUUCCACCACGACAGCGCAUCUGCGUUCCAUCAGGAUGAUACGGCAGCGUUGUCCAUGACGCUCAGCGCUGCCUCGGCGCGCGCAGCGAACGGCGGCGCGCGCGUGGCAAUUUCCUGCGGCCGCGAAGGAAGGGCAGAUGCGACGAACUCGGCUGCUGCAGGGACGCACCAAGACUCGAGCAACCACACGAUCACGACAGUCAGCGGCGACGGUGGACUGCAGCGCGGCCCGCUCAGCAACCGCCGCCAGGGCUCCUUCUUCACAACGGUGGACGAGGCGCUGUACGAGACGCACGCCCACCCGACCGCGCCACGCUCGCCGAACGCGGUUGUGCUGGUGUCUACUGACGUGUCUCCCAUGCACCACAUGGACGCGUUUCAGGCAAGCAGAGGCGCGACGGAGCCGCAGCACCAACAUCAAGGCGCCACUCACAACGGCAACAACGACAGUCGAGAUACGCGGCGAAGACGGAUGCAGCCGGCUUUGUGGCAUUCGUCCCCACCAGAGAAGACGAGCACACAGCUCAGCGGCAUCCAUGCAGCGUUGGCGGAGUACGUACUCCUACCUCGGAGAGAAGCGAGUCCUAUGAUGCCGUCAGUGGCCACUGUCAAGAGCACGCCGGCGAGCAACAGCGGUGUCGGCGAUGCAAAUCGCAAGGGUGACACGCAGGACGGCGACAAGGACUCACGGCCACAGGAACAUGGCACUCGCUUUCUCGAGUCUGCCGACCCGGAGCCCGACAUCUUGCUCGGGAGGGACGCCCUGGAGGGCGGCACCCGUGACAACGAUGGCUGUCUCUACCCGAGCAUGGUAUGGAUAAAGGCGAAGCAGCUUUCCAGUGCACCAUCUUCGGUACGGACGUCUCAUUCAAGUGCAAAGCCGAAUACCAAGCGGCUCAACUUUAGAAGUCGCAUCACGCCACGCGGACACAGGGCCGCCGCCGCGCCGGUUGCGGGUGCAACUGCGAGCAAUCAGGCACCAGCUGUAUCCGAGCGCCGCUGCACCGAUUCGACGGCUUUCUCCCUCGAGGCGCCUGACGGCACUGGUUUCGGUGCCACGGACUCUGCAACGAACUGCACCGCUAAUGCCGGCGGCGGCGGCGGCCGUACUGGACACAAUGCUGUCAUGAUGGACUGGGACGAGUACGGCCUCCUGGCGUGGGCCACUAAAAGUCCUCUUAGAACGUGCCCCGAGUCUGCCGCAGCGUUCGGUGCGCGAGGCGGCGACGGCGGCGCGGGUGCAGCGAACGAAUCGGUGACGGUCACCGACAGCGCGGCCUCGCACACGACCAGCAGGAAAGCCACGCUGCCCAUCUCCGUGAAGGCGUCUUCUGCGAAACCGACGCGUAGAUGGACCGACAAGGUCAGACCCCGCCGCGGCGAGAGCCCGCACACGGCCGUCACGUUUGUCGAGGAAACCGCCCCGUUUGCACCCGUCAACGAUGACAGGUCACCAUCCAGCGGCGCCACGCUGGCUGCGCCGCCGUGUGAACAGGCUCCGAGUACCCCGCCGCAUCUGCUAGCGACGAUGGCGGCGGUGACGACUGAAUCUGGUCGCCCACAGUUGCUGCCGACCGCUUCGCUUCUGUGCCCCACGACGUACAGCAUGUUGGCCGUCACGACGGGCAAAGUGGCUGGUAGCGGCACCCCUGCGGCGACCGCACCAUCCCCGAGUGUGAGCGGCGAGCCUUCCGUGGCCACCACAGCGGCGGGGCCACGCGCGGCGCCUUCCCACACCUUGAGCCCCCCCGGCGAGUACUUCUUCAACAGCUUCCACACCAACCUGACUAUCGCUGGUUCCCUAGGCGACGAGGACAACGCGAGCGAUGCCGUGCUGGUGUCUCCGCUGCCGAACAUGUCAAACCCAGCUGACGCGGAAGGGCACACGACGGGCGCCGCUCAACGUCGCCUGAGCAGCAUCAACGGUGGCAGUCGCCAAAACCAUCCUACGAUUCCGUCGUUUCAGUGGCUAGGACAACAGCGGCAGCAACGGAAUGGUGGCCGGACGGGUUCCCACAUCUUCAUUCCUUCCUCCUCCGCGUCUUCCUCUGCAGCGUCGGCCAGCACCUCCGUUGCAUCUACGGCUCUCGCGUGGAGGGGGAUGAAAGGUGCUCAAGGCAACACGGUUGCCACCUUGAAGGCCGACUAUGAGCUGCUUACGGUAGGCGCGGACGUGACCAGCGUCAACGGGAGGCGCACUGGCGGCUUUGUGGCUUUGGAAGCACGCACGAACCUCUCCGCGGAGGCUCAGGCAUCCCCCGCGAACUUGGGGCGGGUCGCAUCUAGGCGCCCUAUCAUCGAAGACCCGGGCGAUGUUGAAUCGGUAGACAACAGCCGCCGCCGCUCAGAACCAGCUUCCAUUGUAAGCGCCGAGGAAGUGCAGCCACCGCGAAAUAGGCGUAAGUCGCCGCACUGGCGCCUGCACGCAUCGCCGGCGGAACGGUGA